AUGUCCAUCCUGGACGGCACAGACCUGUGCUUCCCACACUUUCCAAAUAACUCCUGCAAGAAGCCAACCUUUUCUUUAUCUGAAACUGUGUCUCUCCAUUUCCUGCUCUCCUGCAUUUCUCUGCUCACCACGGCUCUCAACUUGAUCAUUAUCAUCGCCAGGCAUAAUUUCAGGCAGCUCCACACUCCCACUAACAUCCUACUCCUUUCUCUGGCCGUCUCAGACUUUGUGGUUGGUCUGUUUGCGAUGCCUGCAGAAAUCAUGAGAAGAACAUCCUGCUGGUAUCUUGGAGAUUCUCUCUGUUUUCUCUAUAAUUAUGUGUCCUACAUCAUCACCUCUGCCUCAGUAGGGGUGAUGGUUCUCAUAUCGGUUGAUCGUUUUGUAGCGAUCUGUGACCCUCUACAUUAUCCAGGCAGAGUGACUGAGAGAAGAGCCAAAGUGUGUGUCUGUCUGUGUUGGCUCAUCUCUGCUCUCUAUAAUAUUGCACUUGUGAAAGAUGAACUGAUCCAGCUUGGAAUACAGAAUUCCUGUCAUGGAGAAUGUGUGAGUUUUGUCGACAGCAUUAUAGGAACUCUCGACAUUGUCAUAACCUUCAUUGCUCCCGUUUUUGUGAUCGUGGUUCUGUACAUGAGAGUGUUUGUGGUGGCCGUGUCUCAGGCUCGUGCCAUGCGUUCUCAUGUUACAGCCGUCACACUGCAGCUCUCUGUGGCUACAAAGAAAUCGGAGCUGAAAGCAGCCAGGACUCUGGGAGUUCUGGUACUUGUCUUUCUGUUAUGUUUCUGCCCAUAUUUUUGUGUCUCUGUUGCGGGUUCUGAAUUGUUUCAAAGGUUUUCUGAAUUUGUCGAUUUUUUGUUCUUUUUUAACUCCACCAUAAACCCUCUGAUCUAUGCUCUAUUUUACCCCUGGUUUAGAAAAGCAGUCAAACUGAUCAUCACUCUUCAGAUUCUGGAGCCUGGCUCCUGUGAGACAAACAUACUGUAAAUAGAAAACGUCAUCCUUCAGCCCAAAUCCUCCAAAUUUAGAGUAAAUACACAUCAUGGAGGACCACUUUUAAUUUGGAACAAUUGAUUUACUGUUACUAUGUCAUGCUGUAUUUUUUUUUUAAACUAAACUGCUAGUUUUAAAUUCUCUUUUUUGACAGU